UACACUUCACUGUGAGUCACUUGAUGAAUGAGUCUUAACUUUUACUCAUCCACCAGCUGUGGUCGCUUGGUGGCGCUCUGUGUCUGAGCCUGCUGAUUCACUCAGUGUAUUUACAUUUUCACUGGAUUUUCCACUUGAACUUUGGAGCAGCUGGCUGAACAAAGGGAAGAAGCUGGCAGCGAUGAUUUCCUCAGUUUUUAUCAAGAUAAUCCAAUCAAACUCAGACAGAGCAGGAAGAGAGUGAAAGAGCGAGGGAAGGGGAGGGCAGUGAUUGUGCACGGGGGUGUAUCAGGCCCGCCUUGUUGCAUGUGAGUGCUGAGGGGGCGGAUAACAUGUAGACUGAAACUAUGGGCCAUGACUGACAUCCUCUAGGUGUGGCUUUACAGUGCGAUCCAGGAACUAUACCGGCUGACAAAAAGCAGCUGAGCCAGUUCUUUUCAGAGAGUCUGAGAGAGUGGAAGUGAAGCCGGGGCUGACGCAGAGGCACAGACUGAAGACAUGGCAGAUACUGCAGCUGAAGAAGCAGCUCCCAUCUCCGCACAGCAGCUGUGUCAGGUCUGCUCAGGUGAACUGAGCGGAGGCAAGCCGGCUGCCUGCUGUCACUCCGUUUGUAGCUCCUGCCUCGGGGAUAAAAGUAAAGGAUGUCCUGAGUGUGUGAAGAGCAUGGACAAGCCUGAACCUGCUGACGGUCCCAAACAGAACGGGACAGAAACCGACGCUCCUGUGAUCGACAGCAAGAAGGAGCAAAGUGAAGACUCCAAGACGGCAGAGGAGACCAAAAUCCAAGAAGAUCUGCAGGAGUCUGAAGACCCCAAGAAGCCCGAGGAGGAGAAGAAAGAGGAAAGUGGUGAAGAGGUGAAGGAGGAACCUUUGGGCCCGGACGAUGUGGUGUGUGACUCAUGCAUCGAGAGCCCCUGCAGGGCCCUCAAGUCCUGCCUCACCUGCCUGGUGUCCUACUGCGGGGCCCACCUCCGGCCUCACCUGGAGAACCCAAAGUUUCAGAACCACCGGCUGGUGGAGCCGCUCAGGGACAUCGAGAGGAGGACCUGCGAGAGCCACAAGUGGCCCCUGGAGCUCUUCUGCUGCGCUGACGCCUGCUGCGUCUGUCAGGACUGUGUGACGGAGGACCACAAGGGCCACAACACGGUGCCUGUGGUGGAGGCUCGUGGACGGAUAGAGAGGGAACUCAGGGAGAAGCAGACUGACAUGGUGAAGACGGUGACAGCAGCCGAGAAUGCCAUCAACAAACUUCAACUCAACACAGUUUCUAUUGAGCAUUCGGUGACGGAGGUACGAGCUGUGAUCGAGAGCCAGUUCGAGGAGCUGCAGGCCGUGGUGGAGAGGGCGAAGCGUGAGGUGACGGAGAUCCUGGAGGGCGAGGAGAAGCAGGCGCUGAGGCAGGCCGAGGGCAUCCGGGUACAUCUGGAGCAGAGGUGUACGGAGCUGAAGAAGACACAGGCGCAGAUGGAGAAGCUCUCGAAGAACAAAAAUGAUGUGGAUUUCUUACAGGAGUAUUCAGAGUGGAAGAAAGAAGCCACUGAUAUCUCUCUGCCUGGAGUCAGUAUCGGCCUGAUGGACCGCCUGAAUUCCUUCAGCCGCGUGAUCGUGGACUCCACGCAGGAGCUGUGCACCAUGGUCGUGUCUUCAUACAUAGAGAAAGUUAAAGACACAUGCAAGAACGACAAAAUGGGAAUAAAGACAACAGUGCAGGCAAUUGUUGCAGCCAAACAGAACAUGUCUAUACCGGAUCCAGUGACGCGGGACGACUUCCUUAAAUAUGCCGCCCACGUGAGUUUUGACGCUGACACAGCUCACAAGUUCCUGCGACUGACAGAAGAAAACAGGAAGGUGACUAACACCACGCCCUGGCAGCAUCCUUAUCCAGACCUACCUGAGCGCUUCGAGAACUGGCGCCAAGUUCUGGCAGCGGAGAGUUUUUAUCUGGGUCGGCGGUACUUCGAGGCCGACAUCAGCGGCGAGGGCACCCACAUCGGUCUGACCUACAAGAGCAUCGACCGCAAGGGCAACGAGAGCAACAGCUGCAUCACGGGGAACAACUUCUCCUGGUGUCUCCAGUGGAACGGCCGCACCUUCUCCGCCUGGCACAGCGACGUGGAGACCCCGCUGAACAUGGAGAAGUUCACCCGGAUCGGGGUUUACGUGGACUACACGAAAGGCCUCCUGGCCUUCUACGGCGUGGAGGACACCAUGACGCUCAUCCACGAGUACCAGGCGGAGUUCCUGGAGCCUCUGUACCCGGCUUUCUGGCUGUCCAAGAAGGAGAACAUCGUCGCCUUGGUGGCCCCGGGGGAGCCUUUACGGCUCAAAAGCCCCUCUCCACCCACCUCACCUGCAAACGGGGCUAUUGUUUCAAAAAUGGCAGCAUAGCAACAAUUCAAAUAAUAAAAUUUAGUGUUUCCUGCAUAAAUGUCAGAGUACUGUUACAAGCUGUUUGUCUCCCAAACAUAGACUCAUUAUCUGAAGGGGAAAGUAGGGACGUCUCGCCAUGUUGAACCUGUUUACAGCAGCAUGUGCUUUUGGGAAGUUGUGAAUGUUCAUCGCAUGUCUCGAGUCAUAUUUCUGCUCCGGUGUACGUUUGAGACUGAUGUUACUUCAUCGCACUGUGAAUUCAGAGGUCUUCUAUAUUUUCUCCAUGCAAAUAAAAACUUCAUUUGCAAAAAGCAAA